GUGACUGACGGGCGACUGGCAAAGGUGCAACACGUCAAGAACCGUCCGACCUUGCUCAGCACGUGUGGACGGAUGACCCACCCAAGAAAAUACGUCAUUCGGUUCGGAACGCCACAGCCCCCGUUUGCAAGUUGUCUUUGGUGUAAGAAGCCUUGGGAAAAGAGUUCUGCCGGACAUUUUCAGGUUCCUUUCGGACGUCAAAGUUGUGCAAAACUUGAGGCAUCUCCACGAAUUGUGUUUGCCUUGUGCAUCCAAAUCCCACGGGUUGCCCACAUGAACUUGUCGCUCGGUGAGCCGCGCGACCCAAACUUCUUUGCGCGAGAACACCUUUUCCUGCAGCAAGCGUUUGAACCGAGAAUCGAGGCGCUCUCUUUCUCUCGAGUCUCUGUAAACCGUUCCUCCCAGCGCCACGCUUCUUGCAACGACUGCUACGAGCAGCCAUCUCCAGUGGCGUUGUCGUUCUGCAAGAUCCCCACCGUCGAAACGGCCGUGGCUGGCCAUAAAAUCCUUAGCCUCAACACCCGUUGCCCGGCGCUGCUGUGA